CACAUUCAGUUAUUGACUGAAACACUGAACAUUCAGCGGCUUGUGGACUUGGAUUAGAGACUUCAGAUCACAUUUGGAUGAUGGCGUUUUGGCUACAGAUGGGUUUCCUGAUCGCCAGCCUCACAUCUUCAGCGGUGAGAGGGCGAGUGGAGAAAGAGCUGUCUCCAGAGUGCAGGGAAUUCCUCUACAUGGGAACCCCACCGAAAGGCCUGGAGCUUCCCUCUGUCAAGUACAUCUGUCAGUUUUACAACAAGAAGCCGCGCUACGUGACCCUGUACAGCACCGAGGAUCACGUUCCGAUCUACUCCGCCUACACCUUCAAGCGCUCGGACGGGGAGAAGUGUGUGGAUGUUCCCUGGAUGUAUGAGCCACAGUUGUCCACUUCUUUUGACACGGGCGAGAUGCAGCCGUUUCCACGCGGUUACAUGCACAUGAACUUUGAAGACGCCCAAGCGAUUCUGGACGACUACACCAACGCCAUACACUACGAGCGAGGGACGCUGAACCCGGACGAGCAUCAGAACGAACCUGACGACAAGGCCUCCACUUACACCCUCACCAACGUCGUCCCCAUGGUGCCCGACUUCAACGACAGGAUCUGGAACAAACAGGAGCACAUCGUCCGCAAACGGCUUAACAACUACUGCCGCGGGACGGCCUACGUAGUGACCGGGAUCACCAAGUCAGGGACGAUGAUCCGCAGAGAAAACAUGAACCGCAUCGCAGUCCCCGACUACCUGUGGUCGGCUUACUGCUGCGUGGACUAUGACCACAACACGCCUUACACGGAGCGAUACAAGUUCCCGUCUUUUGCUCACUACGCCCUCAACGGGGACGAGAACAACGAGGUGGUAGAGACCUCCGUCCCGAAGCUCAGGGAGUUUCUCAAAAAGACGUUUGUGAACCAGAACUUUCAGAUUUUUGUAGGAGACUGCAAUCCCCAAUCCUCCAUGAAAAGUGAUUAGGAAAAGUAUUUUGAAAUGAGGUAGCUAGAUUGUAAAUUUGAAGAAUAAAUAAAGCUCCACUAUAUCCAAAACACAUAGUGUACAGCUUACCACACUAAAAUAUAUGCAAAUAAACAGAAUUG